AAGUGCUAUUUUACUCAUAAAAUAAUAAACAAAUAAAUAAUCGUUUUGUGGAAAAUAGUAAAAUUCUAUGACAACCACCAGCAAAGUUUAGUAUCCCUAUAAAAAAAAUAUAUUCUUUUCCAAAUCCCUUUAUUUAUUUAUUUUUAAUUUUCAAAAAAACAUGACAACUAUUUUUGCAUACAAGUAUUGUUAGUUUAUUAGUACUAGCUUUGUGGUACUUAAUGAGAUUGAAAACCUUAAUCCUCCACUUCAUUCUCUUUUAUUACAACUGCAUGUGAGAUUAGAGAAAGAAACUAGAGAGAGAAGCGAGAGAGAGAGAGAGAGAGAGAGAGAGAGAGAGAGAGAGAGAGAGAGAGAGAGAGAGAGAGAGAGAGAGAGAGAGAGAGAGAGAGAGAGAGAGAGAGAGAGAGAGAUGACAAGCGAAGCAAUUUCAAUUGGUUCAACUACUCAAAACCCAUCUUCUGAUGGAUCAAAUCCUCCUCCAAAGAAGAAAAGAAACCUCCCAGGAACCCCAGAUCCUGAAGCAGAAGUGAUAGCACUGUCACCGAAAACCCUAAUGGCGACAAACAGAUUCCUGUGCGAAAUAUGCGGAAAGGGUUUCCAAAGGGACCAGAAUCUGCAGCUGCACAGAAGAGGGCACAAUCUGCCAUGGAAGCUGAAGCAAAGGAGCACCAAAGAAGUUAGAAAGCGCGUCUACGUCUGCCCCGAGAAAACGUGCGUCCACAACCACCCGUCGAGGGCGCUCGGCGACUUAACCGGGAUCAAAAAGCACUUUUGUCGAAAGCACGGCGAGAAGAAGUGGAAGUGCGAUAAGUGUUCGAAACGUUACGCGGUCCACUCCGAUUGGAAGGCCCACUCCAAGACUUGUGGCACUAGGGAAUACAAAUGUGAUUGUGGGACUAUCUUCUCUAGGAGAGAUAGCUUCAUCACCCACCGCGCGUUUUGCGAUGCCUUAGCGGAAGAAACGGCGAGAUUCACGGCAGCUUCGCAGAACAUAACCAACCACAUUGCACCAAAUAACAACAUCAACUACCAUUUCAUAGGGUCAUCACCACUAGGCCACCAUUACCCUUCGACCGGCCCGUUAUUUCCAACGGGACGAGGUAGUCUACCCCUAUGGAUGGCUCAAUGCCCGCCCCGUGUCGAAGAUUCCACACCCAAAAAUCAUCAAGAAAUGCACCACCACCCAAUGGGAGUCCCUUUCACUUUUGGAGCACUUGAUAAUAACUUCUCCAAUUUUGAUCCACUUGUUAAUAACAAUCCAUCUUCUUCUAAUUACCACCUAAAUUGGGACUUAGCCAAUAAUCCAAUCCCUUUAAGCAACGCUAGAGAAGUAAGCGCUCCGUCCUUGUUCAGCACUCAAAACCACCACCAACCGUCGAACGCAACUAUUUCCGCCACCGCUUUACUGCAAAAGGCGGCACAAAUAGGAGCCACCACCACCACAACUCACGAACACCCUUCGUUAAUUCUCGGUAGCUUUGGCGGUGAGAAUAGCAACAAUAUGGGAGUGCAAGAAGACCACGGGAACAAGUUUUGCGGAUUGUAUGGCACGAGCUCGGCCGCCACUAGUGGCGGCGGACUUGGGAAUAGUGACGUGGAGAGCUCGGUGGUGAACGAUUUUUCUCCGCUCAAUCAAAUGGAGAUCAAUUACCUUUCCAAACGGAGACGGUUAUUGUCGUCGGACGAGGGCGAAACGAGGGAUUUUCUUGGCGUUGGCGUGCAAUCUAUUUGCCAUCCAUCAUCUAUGAAUAUAAUGGAUGGAUGUGAUUAAUUCUUGAGGAGUACUUUGAAAUAUUGAUUGAUUUGUCAUAUUAUUAAUAUGUUUUCUAUCAAGAAAUGGGAUUUUGGAAAAAAAGAUGGCAAUUAUUAAAAGUGGAGUUUGAUGUUGGGAUAAAGCAAUUAAGGGGGUGGAAUUUAGAAUAUGCAAACUUUUCAGGGAGGAAAAAUUAAAGGUGUAUAGAAAUAAUUAUUCAAAGGUCUAAGAAUUAAGAUCCAUGCAUAUUCUGUUUAAUUCCCCAUGAAAAUAUAUUCCCUUUUGAAAGUGGUGGCUUUUAUUUAUUUAUUUAUUAUUAUUAUUAUUCUUAUUAUUAAUUUUACUUUAUUUAUUUAUUUUCUUAAAUUAUUUUUUAUGGGUGAAAAGGGCACUUGUGGUGGGGGCAAAGAAAAGGGGCCUUUUGGACUCCAUUAUUGUUGUCUUUCAAUUAUGCCCUAGUUGUUAUCUUCUCAAACUAUAUAUAUUUAUUUAAUAAUAUUUUAUUUGUAUUUUGAAGUAAAAAGAUAGAUUAAUUGAGUGUAAAGGCAAAAAGAUAAAUCUAGUUGUUGGCUACCUUAUUGCUUUUCUUGUUGAAAUACAUGUACUGCUCUCCUUUUUUCUUAGCCUUUCCGAAUUUGCAAAUGAAACAAGUUGUUGUUGUUGGUAUUUGUGGAUUGCAAGAAAUAGAAGAGAAGUGCACAAUUAUUUGUCUACCUAUCAUCAAUCUAUCAACCCCACCCAAGAAAUUAAUUACACUGUUUUUUUUAUUUAUUAAUAAUUU